AUAUGAUUCAUCUAUUAAUAGCUUUUUCAUUAACUACAACUUUUGCAUGCGAGUUCAAAUAAGAAGACCAUUAUUAUAAUUUAACACAACUUUAAAGAACUGAACCAUACAUAGUGAAAGCAUCUGCUGAUUCAAGCUUUUUCAAGAUGGCUUAUUGUAUUUUUAUUUUUUAUUUUAGAGUUUAAUUUUUGUGGAAAUCAUCCAAAACAUUGUUAAGGUUAAAGUGGAGCAUAUUAAGCAUUAGAAGUAAUGGGAAUAUUAACUGAUUCUUGUGAAAUAUUAGGUAAGCCUGAUAAUUAAUAAAUUUCUUUGAUUGAAAACGGAUUACAGAUUACAUAUUCAUAAGGAUCUUAAUGUGAAAACAAUCAGAAAAAAAGUGUAAAUUUCAACAUUCUCUGCAGUUCAGAAUAUGAUUAGAAUUUUGUAUUGAUAUCAGAAGACAAUUGCCACACUGCGUAAUAUUCCAUCUGAAAUUAGGUUUUAAAUGAAAUCACCUGCAGGAUGUAAAUUACAAUAUUCAACUUAACCUUUAUUUAUCUAUUAUCUUAGUGGAAUAGGAAUAUUAUUAAUGAUCUUAGGUGCAUGCUUUGGGUAUUAAUAAUUGUAAAAGAAGAAAGAAGGGAAAUCAGAUUUGUAUGUAAAAAGAAAUAAUAAUAUUAGGAAUAAAUUAAUAGUGAUUAACCAUAACAGUAAAUUAAAAAUGCAGAUUAGAGUACUACUGUUGUUAUCAACCAUGAAGCACCUUCCUCUUGAUUAAGAAAAAAUGAUUAUCAUUUAUAUGCUAAAA